CGUUUGCCGAGCAUCAGACACGACUUCAACCCCGCGAAAGAACCCCUUGUAACGGCACGAUGAUGAAUCGAAGAGGCAUGCUGCUCGUUGUGGUGCUGGUCGUGUGGAUGCAUACUGCAUCCGCUGGGUUGACCCGCAAGCAGGAAAAAGUCAUUUUGGACCAGCACAAUAAGUUCAGAAGCAAAGAAAAAGGAGCGUCCAAUAUGAUGAAGCUGGUGUGGAGCAAAGAGCUGGCCCGCAAGGCUCAGGGUUGGGCCGACCGCUGCAUAAUGGAUCACAACCCGGUGAAGUCGUCCUCCAAAUGGAGCUGGGUGGGUGAGAAUAUGGCCUUCGCCAGUUACCGCAAUCCGCUGGACAUGGUGUCUAUGUGGGAAGGGGAAAAAGCCAUCUAUAAUCAUAAGUCAAACCGGUGCAAUCCAGACCCGAGGGACCCACUGCUCAGUUCCUGCGGACACUACACGCAGAUGAUAUGGGGCGAUACACAAGAAGUUGGCUGUGGCUUCAAGACGAAUUGUCCCAACAGUGGAAUGCCAAACAGGCUCGUUUGCAACUACGGCGAGGGGGGUAACUGGCGUGGAGAAAAGCCCUACAGCACCGGGAAAAAAUGUAGCGACUGCCCAACACAGUUCAAAAAGUGCUCUGGAGGUUUGUGCAGCAAGUAGACGCUCGACGGGCGUUUAUAGAGUAUGCAUCGUUCGUUGUUGCGGCGAUUAAUACAAGAACGCACAAACACGUCUAGGAA